GGUUCACUUCCUAUAGGGACUAAAAACCAAGUGAGAAGAUGAAGGAUUGCACUGUACAACACCAGAGAAUACAGACAUCUCAGAUAGAUCCUGACCAUCACCAAAGAAACAACUGCACAACUGUGGGAAGACAUCCAGUCCCUUCACAGCAUUGCUCAACACAGAGAAGGUUCGGCAGUGAAACCAUCAUCUGGAAAUCGGUCGAGUCAGGGGAGCUUUGACAUAUCAUCAGAUCUGAAAUUGGUCAGUGGUUCCAUUGGAACCAGCCUUUCUGAAGGUUCGCCUGCAGGUGAUUGGUCAGAGUGAAACUUGGAAGAAGUGUGAGUUUCUCCCAGUGUGGUGCGAGCUUCAAUCAUUCAUCAAGACUCGUGAACCGCUGACUCAUUCCUACAGGGAAGAAGCCAUUCAAGUGUGAGGUAUGUGAGCAGAGCUCUUUAAGGUAUCCUGUCUCUCAAGGUGCAUCUGUUAACGCAAGAGCGGCUACAUGGGAGAUAAACCAAUUAAGUGUGAGGUGUGUGAUCGAGCCUCGCACAUCCAUCCAAAUUUGAAACUCAUCGACGUGUCCACACAGGAGAGAAGCCGUUUGAAUGUGAGGUGUGCAAAAAGGGCUUUGCACAAGUAUCAGGCCUGGUAAAACACCGGUCCAUUCACAUAGUGGAGAAACCAUUCACAUGUGAGGUGUGCAACAAAUCACUCUCAACAUUAACAAACCUCCAUAUGCACCAACGUGUUCACAUAGGAGAUAAACCAUUUACAUGUGAGGUGUGCGAUAAAUCACUCUUGACAUUACAAUACCUCCGUGCACACCAACGCAUUCAUGCAGCAGAGAAACCAUUCACAUGUGAUGGGUGUGACAAAUCAUUCUAUACAUUAUCACACCUCCGCGCACACCAACAUGUUCACACAGGGGAGAAACCAUUCAGGUGUGAGCAGUGCAACAAAUUGUUCUUAUCACCAUCAGAUCUCCGUAAACACCAACGUAUUCACACUGGGGAGAAACCAUUCACAUGUGAGGUGUGUGACAGAUCAUUUUCUUCAGUGUCUGAUCUCCGUAAACAUGAACGCAUUCAUACAGGGGAGAAACCAUUCAGGUGCUUAAUGUGUAAGAAUUCGUUCUCAACAUUGUUAAAUCUCCGUGUACACCAACGCAUUCACACAGGGGAGAAACCAUUCAAGUGUAAGACAUGCAACAAAUCAUUUACACAGUCAACGCAGCUCCGGGUCCAUCAGAGGAUACACACGGGGGAGAGACCAUUUACGUGCGAUGUUUGUGAGAAAUCAUUCUCACAUUCAUCAGAUCUCCGCAAACAUGAACGUAUUCACACAAGGGAGAAACCAUUCCAGUGUGAGGUUUGUUACAAGUCAUUCUUAACAUCAUUGGGCUUCCUGCGACACAAGAGAAUCCACACAACGGAGUAAUUGUUCAUAUUCAAUAUUAUGACAAGACUUUCACCCACUCUCCUGAUCUCCGAAUGUACCAGCGCAUCCACAGAGAGAAACCAUUUGGGUGUGAAGUGUAUGACAAGGUUUUCACACAGUCACUUUGUAUCUCCGGAUCCAUCAACACACUCACAAAUGGAGUAACCCUCUCAGUUUAAAUUCUAGAGAAAAGCUUUCACACAGUUGCCAGACCUCCUGGAACAUCAGUGAACCAUUAUGGGAGACAAACCCUUCCAGUGUGAUGUGUAGGCCUGGAGGUAUUAGAUUUUAGUCCAACAACCAGUUCCAUACUUCGUUCAUGUCAUUUACUAACCACAUCAAGAAAGCCAUUUUAAUAUCAAUGAAACAGGUGACUGUAAAUGUAAUGAAUGAACCUUGACUGAAUUAUGAUUAACAAUUGGUGUGAUCAAAAAUUGCAUGAGAAAGACUGGGUUUUCAUUUCAGUGUUGAUAUAUGUUUAUCAGGAUGUUACCUGCCCUGGGCAAUUUUAGCUAUGAAGCAAGGUUGGGUAGACUGGGUUUGUUUCCACUGGAAUGCAGGCGGGCACCCCUGAUACAAGUUUAUAAGAUUGUGAGCGGCAUGGAUAGAGUGAAAAGUAUGAGGCUUUUUCCCACGGUGGAGGGGCCAAUUACUAGGGGACACAGGUUCAACACAAUGCAGUUGGGGGAGAAGUUUAAGAGAUGUGCAAGGCAAGUUUUUCACACAAAGGGUGGUGAAUGCCUGGAACGCGCUGCUGGAGGAGGUGGUGGAAGCAGACACAAUAGAAGCAUCAAGAAGCACCUGGACGAAUACAUGAAUAGGAAGGGAAUGGAGGGAUAUGCGUCCUGUAGGUGAAGACAGUUUUAGUAUGGAAGGGCAAAAUGUGUAGGUGCAGGCUUGGAGGGCCUGUUCCUGUGCUGCAUUGUUCUUUGUUCUUUAUAUCUAUGUAAAAAUCUGCUGUAGGACGUGGAUUAUAUUGAAACCUUGAUAAUGACUGUCGGAUAGCACUUUCAGCCCUUGUUGAGUGUGUCUGAAUGAAUAGAGCAUUGUUUGAAAUCACAUUCAAAACAUUGUGAAGCAACUCCACUGUAUUCCUGUGUGACACACUGAGAUCAGGUUAUUUGUCGGGGAAAGAGGGAGCGGGGGUGAGUCUCUACAGACCUGAGUUCCUUCAGCCUAUGAUAUCUUGGUGUAAUAAUGGUGUGAUAUGUCAUUUUGAUUUGUUCAAAGUCUGAUGUAAGCUGACUAUUGGGUUGUUUGUGUUUUGGCAAUCUUUGAUAUAGAUUCAUAACUCCCAAUAAAUUAAUUUCUUUAUCUAUCCCUAA